UCACAGAUAUUUUCAAAAAAUUAUCUCGUAGAAACUCGUAUUUUCAUUCAUUUCAAUUCAGUUUCGUUUUGGAAAACACUCGGGACCAAUAUUCAAGAACAGUGAUUUUUACUAGAUUUCACAGUAUCAUUUCUUACCUGUAGUCUGUGUCAAUUUUAUGUGUAGUUUUGAUAAUUUAAGUGUUAGCCAAUUUAGUAAAGAUGGGGUGGGACAAGAGUUUCUACAUCAGUUGUUUAGUAUUACUAUCAGUAUUUCUAUUAGUGUCAACAGCACCUCAUGAUGACUUUUCUGAUCUCAGAGGAUCUUACUGUAGAGAAAGAAAAUGGUGUUGUAAUGGGAGAGAAGACAGUUGUGCUGUUCCAAUACUAGAUUCUUCAAAAAUUUCAGGAACGUUAUGUUAUUGCGAUAAUUUUUGUAACAACACAAGAGUAAACGAUUGCUGUCCAGAUUAUCUGCCUUUUUGUUUUGGAGUGGAAGAGGCUCGAAAGUGCCAUGAACGCCAAGGCAAGGUUACAGGCAGGAUCGUAGAGAACUGUAAUGAAUGUAUUUGUAAAGGUGUAGACGAAUUUACUGAUCCCGAAUGGAUAUGCGAGAACCACACGUGUAUCAUUGACAGUUCCACAAUUCAAAGAAUCGAUGGACAAUAUCCCUAUAGUUGGAGUGCAAGAAAUUAUAGCGAAUUCUGGGGAAAAACUUUAAAAGAAGGUGUUGGCAGGAGAUUGGGUACUCUUCCACCACAGCGAUUCGUUUUGAAGAUGACUCCAGUAAGGAGGGCAUACGAUCCAAAUGCGCUCCCCAAGGAAUUUGAUUCAGAGGAGAAAUGGCCUACAUUUAUUUCUGGAAUUCAAGAUCAGAAAUGGUGCGCUUCAUCGUGGGCAGUCUCUACAGCAGCAGUUGCAUCAGAUAGAUACGCUAUACUAUCCAAAGGUCGUGAAAAAGUGCAGCUCAGUGCACAAAAUCUAAUUUCCUGCAACACUAAAGGACAAGAAGGUUGUGAAGGAGGCCAUUUAGAUAGGGCUUGGUCGUUUGUAAGAUACAACGGGCUUGUGGAUGAGGAAUGCUUUCCGUACGAUGCUACAGAUAAAAAGUGCACGAUAAGGAAGAAAGGGCGUCUGUUGGACGCUGGAUGUAGCCCCCCACUUUAUAAAGAUCGCAAAAAUAGGUACACUGUCUCACCAGCCUAUAGACUUGGGAAUGAAACAGAUAUUAUGUACGAAAUUACUAGAUCUGGACCUGUACAAGCUACGAUAAAGGUGUACCACGAUUUCUUCAUGUACGGAGGGGGGAUUUACAAGCAUACUAAUUUAUUGAGAACCGAUAAAAAGGGUUACCAUUCCGUAAGAAUUGUUGGGUGGGGCGAAGAAAAUACUCCCGAAGGUGUUCAGAAGUAUUGGAAAGUGGCUAACAGUUGGGGCCCUUACUGGGGAGAGAAUGGCUAUUUCAGAAUAUCAAGAGGAAACAACGAAUGUGAAAUCGAGUCCUUCGUGUUAGCUAUAUGGCCCCAUGUGGAUAGGAAGCUUUCCUAAUCAUCACCAGUAAACGUAGAUUAAGAAGAAGAGUGCCAUUUUGUAAAUUAGAACGAGUCCCGGUACCAACACAAAAUUUUGAAGAACUACCUUUUGAUAUCUUAUACAAAUUUUUGGUAAAAACUUUACUUAAACUGCCAUGUCGAUGUGUUCUAGAGAAAGCGCACUGUUGAUAAAAGAGGAAUAUUUAUUAUUUUGUUAUUGAUGUAAGUAAACGCUUAGGAUAUAGAGACAUUAAUGACGCGAUUGUAAGUACUCAUGUAUUUGUAAUUGUAAUUUAUUAUUAUAUCCAUCAUAUAUUUUUUUAUGUUUAGAUAGCUUUUUAUUAAUUAGUAAGAUUCAAUAAACAUUUUAAAUUAAAGGAUUCUUCGUGAACUAUCCCGAAUUCCAUUUUUUUAACCAUUGGAGUCCUUAUUAGGUUAGUGUUGUUUCAUGUUCGUUGGUUUACUUUUCACCCUUCCUACUAGCACAGAGUAAACACGUGUUAUUAUUGUUCUUGUUACACAAGGAAAGCAGUCAGUUAUACAGAGUGAUUCAGAAUAAUGUACCAUAA